UAUAUAAAACGAAGAAGAAACUCUAAAUGCACGUCAAAUGACACGUGAACGACAUUAAACAACGAUGAAACUCAUUCUCUGUGCAACACUUUUCGUGGCGGCUCUGGCCGAUAACUUUAUAUAUGAAAAUAAACUUAUAAUUAAACCCUAUCCAGGUUUAAAGACGCCAUCAUUUUCACCACAUAUCAUCAGUGGAGCAGAUGCAAAAAAUGGUGAAUAUCCUUAUCAUGUUUCUUUGCAAUGGGGUGCAACUGCUUCUAGGCUUCAACAUUUUUGCGGUGGAGCGAUCAUAAACAAGAAUUGGAUUCUAACUGCCGCACAUUGUGUUUCCUCUGUCCCAACUUUCGGAAAGUUCGUUGUGAAAGCUGGAAAAUAUAAUCUUCGUUCUACCGAGACUGGUGAACAAACUGCUAUUGUAGAAAAAUCCAUCGUACAUGAAUCUUACAUGGGUGGCGUUGUACCCUACGAUAUAGCUCUCCUAAAACUAAAGACACCAUUAUUGUUGAACAAUGCAAUAUCCGCAGUGAAUUUACCAAGUAAUGGAAGCAUACCAGACAAAUAUUCAUACUAUUUUCUUAGCGGUUGGGGAUCCAUAUCGACUACUUCUACCGCAAAAAUGGCUGAUAAUUUGCAAGAAGUGGCUGCUACGCUUCUACCUUUCGAUCAAUGUGCUAAUACCUUGGAGAAAUUGAUCGGAUCAUCACCUCUUCACGAAACCAACAUUUGCAUUAUACCCAUGAACGAAGCAAUUUGUCAUGGUGAUUCUGGUGGUCCUCUCGUCCUUAAGAAAUCUUCUAAAGUAUUUGAAAUAGUCGGUAUCGUUUCUUGGGGUAUCUUACCAUGUAAUACUCGUAAUACACCAUCCAUCUACACCAAAGUUUCUGCAUUCUCUGAUUGGAUCCAAACCAAUAUUAAUACUAAUUACAAUCUCAUGAUCAUAGAAUUUCCACAACGAUCAAUGAUGCUAGCCCAAAGACCAACAAGAAUAGUAGGUGGAAAGAAUGCAGAGAAAGGAUUGUAUCCUUGGCAACUAUCCAUUCAUUGGGGUGAUCCUUUACGUAAAUUACCACAAAGACAUAUCUGUGGUGGAAGUUUGUUAACAGCAGGCUGGGCAUUAACAGCCGGCCAUUGUAAAACUCUGGCACCGAAAAGCGGAGAAUUUCUUAUUUUAGCAGGCAAAUAUAAGUUGGGUGUUCUCGAAGAUACUGAACAAAGUAGAAAGGUUGUUAAAGUUUUUGUCUAUCCUAUAUAUAACGGAACCGUCGCACCUUACGACAUAGCACUGAUGAAACUAGAAUACCCAUUCGAAUUGAAUCCAUUCGUGUCAACGGUUCUCUUACCAUAUCCUGAAACUAUUCCCAAAGGAGAAGCUAUAUUAACUGGAUGGGGAAGUAUAAGUAGAACGAAACUUCCAAAAAAUCCAGAAAUUCUUCAAGCUGCCACAUUACAAAUAUUAGAUUAUAAUUUGUGUAAACGUACGUUGGACAAGAGUUUACGUCACGAACGUCGAAAUCCUUUAGAUCCAACAAAUAUUUGCACAGGACCACUCGAUGGUAGUUUAUCAGCUUGCAAGGGAGAUUCAGGAGGGCCAUUGGUGUCAUUAAACGCAUUUGGACAAGCAGAAAUAAUCGGGAUAGUUUCAUGGGGUCUUUUCCCAUGCGGUGGCAAAAAUGCACCGUCGGUUUAUACCAGAGUAUCAGCAUACAUCACAUGGAUCUCCUGGCUAAUGUUGAAUCAUUGAUGAUUCGAUACGAAUAAACUUCAACGAUAGAACCAAUGAAAGGAACGUUCUUGAAAUUGUUUUAUUAUAAAUAUAUUUUAUUGUUAAAUAAAAAAUAAUUAUAUUAUAUAUGUAUCUAUAUAGAUAUACUACCUGACUGGUACUGAUAAAUAAUAAUUCGAUAGAUUAAUAAUAGAAGAUUAUGGCAUUUGUAGGUUUUGACAUGUAACAUACUAUCUAAUGGCAACUCGUUCUGUAUAUAUAUAUAUAUAUAUAUAUAUAUAUAUAUAUAUAUAUAUAUAUA